ACAGGAGAAUGAAAACGUGGUUAUUCCACAGAAGCUAGGAACUUAAAACAUGUCCAAAACAAAAUACCAAAUGCUAUGGAAACUAAUGUCAACUCACUGUAUUAUUCCCAGAUGCUGUUCUGAUGAUCAGCUCUAGUUAAAAUACUUGCGUAUUUUUAUUGAAAGAUUAGAAGUGAGGAUUAUGUGGCUCUGAUGCUGAGGUUAUGCCAAAGUAUGUAGUGUGCGUGUUCUUACAUACCAGAAUGAGAAAGAGUAAGCAUUGGCAUUAGCCUGUGAAAAGUAUGUAUUGCACAAAGGGAUAUCCUGUGGUAAUCUGAAAGAAAAAGGAAAGUAAAGCUAUUAGUGGAACUCAUUGCUGCAGGCUAUUGUGGAAUCAAAUAGAUCAGUCUAAUAUCAUGAUGCUUUAAUGCUUUUGAUUUAUGGUAUGAAAUCAUUUAUGAGAGAACUAAACAUCCCCUGCUUAAAAAAAAAAUAAUAAUAAAAAAAAUAAAAAUAACAACAAAAAACACUAGGUGACUUCUAAGAGGCUCCCCUUAUUCUGCAACAUCAAGCAUUGGCUAUCUUCAGAGCCAGGAUGGAGCUGGGCUACCUCACUGGGAACAGUGGGCACCUCUCCCUGUGAAAAUCCCUGAAAUUUGCAAAUUGAGGAUCACCUUACCCACUUUGUUCAGUAGUUGGUAUUCUCUAGAAGUGUAAGACAGAUUAGUGGCAAGAAAAGCAUAUUGUGUGCUUGGGAACACGCUGCUAAGGAAGAGCAUGAGAGUUGAAGAAGGAUAUUCCAGAUGGGGAAGCACGGCUCCCUGAAGGACUGCUGAGGAGUCUCGAGAGACUUGCAUUGAAGGGAUGAGGGAGUUUUCCAUAAGAAAUAGGAAAGUUUGUCUGGGAAGACCGAAGUGAGCAUUUUGUAGUGCUUCUAGCCUGAUUGUUUUACCAUUCUACAGAGAGUUUUAAAGGUUAUGGGAUGUGAAAGGCUAUGUUUCCUUGAUGUUUUAAAUAUCUCCAGCCAAAAUUAUCUCCUCCUUAAACCCAUGAAAAAUGCUUCCUUGCAAAUUUAGAAGAGGCUUUUUUUUAUUAUUUUUAUUUUUAAUUCUAGUUAUCCAAAGCCUGAAAUUUGCUUGUGUGUGCAUUGAGAGCCCAUAACAUACCUGAUCCAUAGAUGCAUGUGUUUCAGAGCCACUGGUUGCCCAGGGACAGACAUUCAGCUGCAGCACCUCAACCUCCUACAGAGAUAGAAAACUCCCUAUCAGUUUGAGAGUGCUUCUGCAGGACCCUUCUGGCUAUCUGUGAUUGAAAGUAGAAGAAAUGCUGAGAAUCCGGGAAAUUACUGUGAAGGCAAAAACUUGGGAACUGUUUGUUUUUUGUUUUUUUUUUUAUAACUGAAAUUUUAUCUGAAGAAGGAUUGCUUGCUCAAAGCAGUGCAAAAGGCAGGUGGAGAAAUAGGCAGGCAAAAGCCACGUGGGAUAGACCAUGUGUUGGCUUAGUUGGCAUUUAACUAAAAUUAAGAUAAGGUUGGUAACCUUCAAUUUCCUCGGUUGCUUGAAUCCAUUCAUAGCCUUUUUGUCCAUAAGUAAAUGAAGCAAGAGGGCAGGAUGCUUUAGAGAUGUGUAUUAUCAGCAUUGUUUAUGGGGAAGAGCUGUACAGCUUAGGUGCUCCAUUUCCAUUAUCCCUUCCAGCUCUCUAGUGAAGUUGUCGUUCCUCUGUGCAGACUGGUUUUAGGUAAUUCUGGGCAAAGAGCAUUAAAUCAGUAUCUGAUGAAGGCACUAAUGUGUACACCGCAGGUUGCAGCCUCGGUGCCUUCAUUGACAAGGAUCUCUGCAGUUCCUACUUUUUCUUAUGUUUCCAUGUAUAUUUACUUGCACCUUGGAGAGCAGGGGCUUAAAGGAAGUGGGAAAUGUCUGUCUGAUGGGUAACAGUAUAUUUUUAAUGAUUUUGCAUGCACUUAAAACCACUUCUGCCAACAACAACCACAUGAGUGAGUGUUAGCAGGAAACUCUUUGCAUGAAAUGUGCAAACAAAGGAGCCCUCUUGCUAGAUCCUGUCCUGCAGCUCAGAUAGUGCAACCAGCUACUGCAAGCUGGCCAAGCCCAUCUUAUCUACAACAACUUUCCUUCCUUCAUGGCUUUUCUUCUCCAACACUAGAGACCUUUCUGUUCUUUAACCCAGCGUUAUCUUUAACUAUUUCCUACCCCUUAAUUCACUUUUUGUAACCUGUCUUCUUACAGGUCUAGCUCCAGCUUUUCUCUUUCAUUGCUAAAGGCGUUAGUCAUCUAUCAGCCAGCUUUCACCUUUUUGCCACCUUUUCUUGCUGUUGUCUUUCUGUAUUUCUCCAUCCUUGUCAGACUUUCUUAGGCAGUCACAUUCUCAAGACUGGAAGGAUUUAUUCCUGAUCCUACCUCAGUUUCAGUUCUCAGUGCUUUCUGCUGCCUUCUUAGCUAUUUCUCUGUCAAUUGUCUCAAACAUUGCCCACUCUGUACUGCUUCAUACUUUUUUUUUUUGCCCAAAUACUCCAGUGACAUCAAUUCAAGGGGCCUUUCUUCCCUCACAUGUGCUUCCCUCUAGCAUGCACUGCACUCACAGCCUUCUCACCGUAUCUGUUCCCAACAUCCUCCAGUAGCUCACUUUUAUUGCUCUUUUGUCCUUUGUUUGUGACAAUAGCCAAGUCUUGAGGCAGGAAAUACACUAUGUGCUGUAAACCAUGGUGGGUAUUUGUAGUUCAGAAGAUGCAUGUUUGCAUAAAGUUUGUGGCCAAGUUCUUUCUACAACUUGUUUUCAGAUUUCAAAAUUUGCUUAUUCUUAGUUACUGAGACAUCUUUCAAAAGUUUCUUCAUCAAGAUGAAUAUAAGAUUCUGUCUGUAGCAGGAUUUCAAUGUAAAAUCUUAUAACAGUUUUUGAGCUGGUCUGGUAGACAUUCUAGGGUCAGCUGUUGUCUUUGAUGGUUAAAAUUCUAUGAGAAUUUGUUCUCUCUUUAAAAAAAAAACACUAAUGGGAUGAUAAAUGCAUUUAAGAAGGUCCGUAUCACUUUUUGCCUAUUGAGGCAAUACUCUUUCUAUUUAGUCUUAAGUAUUUUUAAUUAUAUGAUUUUCCACAUAAUUUUCAUUGUUUUAGAAUUUCCUUCCUUGCUUAUUUUGGCUUCUUUAAUUGAAAAAAAAAGCUUUGAAUUCCUGAAGCUCAGUCCUAUUAUCCACACGCAGCUCCCAUGAACAAGGAGUCUUUUCCUUGUUUAUUUAACCAGCCAUAUCAAUGGGAACAGAGCCCCAUUUGGAAGAUCCUGAAUUCCCUUCAGUCUCCCACCCUGUCCUAUACAAGGAGCCCCUGUGAACACAGUGCUUGUUCUCUUGUUAUAUAAUCUGGCAAGUAAAUUGUAGUGGAUACUAACAGGACUUUAUUUGGAUCAAAUUUCACCCACUUAGUUUUGUAACCAAAAUCAAGAGAAAUGUUGCUCACUGUGUUUAGCAGAUUUAACCUGUUAGAGACUGGAAGAAGACAGAAUACUCUCAAGCAAAUUUAAAACUGAAUAUGAGAUGAAAAGCAAAAAAAUAAGCUAAUUAGUGACCCUGGUCUGUUGUUUUUAGUGUUAUCUCUUUGUACCAAUGUUUUUUCAGACAGGAAAAGCCAGUAUCUGGAGUACUGUGGGCUUUCAUACUUUGUCUACUGUAGUUGCUGAAGACCAGGGACUUUUUCUGCCCUAUGAAGUAUUGGUUCAAGAACAUUCAGGCCCUGUAUUCCCCACAGCAUUGAGGCACAGUUCUGCUCAAGCUUCCUGAACCUCAUACAGUUGGCCUCAGCACAUCAGUCCAGCCUAUCCAGAUCCCUCUGCAGAGCAGACCAACACUGCUGCCCAACUUGGUGUCGUCUGCAGACUUACUGAGGGUGUUCUUGAUUCCCUUGUCUAGAUCAUUGAUAGAGAGAGAGAUUAAAGAGAACUGGGCCCGGUACUGAGCCCUGGGGUACAGCACUUGUGAUUGGCCUCCCACUGGAUUUAACUCCUUUCACAACAACCCUUUGGGCCUGGCCACCCAGCCAUUUUUUCACCCAACAAAUCUUAUGCCCAUCCAAGUCAUGAGCAGCCAGCUUCUUCAGGAGAACAGUGUGGGAAACAGCAUCAAAAACUUUACUAAAGUUUAGGCUGACCACAUCCACUGCCUUUCCUUCAUCCACUCAGCAGGUCACCUUGUCAUAGAAGGAGUUAAGCUUCACCAAGCAGGACGUGCUGUUCAUGAAUUCAUGCUGGGAUCUACCCUGGGCCUGAUCACUUGGUUGCCUAGUAUGUGCUGUGUGAUGGUCCUCAAGAUGAUAUGCUUGAUCUUGAUGGUCUUGAUCUGAUGAUCAAGAUGACCUUUCCCUGUCACUGAAGUCAGACUGACAGGCCUAUAAUCUUCCAGGUCCUCCUUCUGGCCCUGCUUGUAGAUGGGUGUCCCAACUGGAACCUCCCUGGAUAGCCAGGACUGCUGAUAAAUACCAGAAAGUGGCUUGGUGAGCACUUCUGCCCAGCUCCCUCAGUACCCUUGUGUGGACCCCAUCUGGCCCCAUAGAUUUGUGUACGUCUAAAUUAGCAGGUCACUAACCUUUUCCUCUUGGAUUAUGAGGGCUUCAUUCUGCUCCCUGUCGCUAUCUACCAGGGGACUGGGUACCUGAAGAACAACUGGUCUUGCAGCUAAAGACUGAGGCAAAGAAGGCAGAAAGUACCUCAGCCUCUUUCUCAUUCUUCAUCACCCUGUCUCCCCUCAUAUUCAAUAAAGGAUAGCAAUUCUCCUCAAUCCUCUUUUUGUUGUUAAUGUAUUUAUAGAUGUAUUACAUAGAAAUACAUAAUAAUGUAUUUAUUGUCUUUAAUGGCAGUAGCCAGAUUAAGCUCUAUCUGGGCUUUGGCCCUUCUACUUUUCUCUCUUCAUAGGCUUGUGACAUCUUCAUAGUCCUCUUGAGUGGCCUGCUCCUUCUUCCAAAGGUCAUAAACCCUCUUAUUCUUGAGUUUCAUCCUAGUUCUCUGUUCAGCCAAGCUGUUUCCUUUCCCACUGGCUUAUAUUUUGACACGUGGGGCAGCCCACUCCUGCGCCUUCAAGAUUUCCUUCUUGAAGAAUGCCCAGCCUUCCUGGACUCCCUUGUUCUUCAGGACUGCCUCCCAAGGGACUCCACCAACCCGUCUCCUACACAGGCUGAAGUCUGCCCUCCAGAAGUCCAGGGCAGGCAGUUCUGCUAACCCCACUCCUUACUUUUACAAGAAUCAAAAACUAUUAUUUCAUGAUCGCUGAGCCCAAGAUGGCCUCCAGCCUCCACGUCACCCAUGAGUCCUUCUCUGUUCUGAAGCAGGUCCAGCAGGGCACUGUCCCUUGUUGGCUCUCUCACCAGCUGUGUCAGGAAUUUAUCUUCCACACACUCCAGAAACCUCAGACUGUUUCCUCUCUGCUAUGUUGUAUUUCCAGCAGACAUCUGGCAAGAUUGAAGUCCGCUACAAGAACAAGGGCUAGCAAUCAGUGAGACUUCUCCCAGCUGCUUACAGAAUAUUUCGUCUGCCCACAGACUUCCAAAAGGAAGCUAGAGGAUCCCUUGAAGCUGGAUGUUGAGAGGGAGGAGAUCAGAUCCUACCUGACAGACAGCCUCUGGCACAGAGGCAAGGGAGAGAUCUGAGGCCCCUUUAGGAGCUAGAAAGGAUAAGCUCCUAAAUGAUGGAGCUUACUUGGUGUUUGUGAGAUGUGUGCUGGGUUAUGGCAUUUUCCACUGGGAACUCUUGGAGCUGAGAUCACCACAUGGGGCAUGUUCUGGGGAUAGAUGGUUGCAUCUUCCCCGAGCAGCUGGAGUGCACGCCAGGGGGCUCUGCAUCUGCCCUGCAGGAAUUUUCAAAGUGAAAACUGAGACCUGUAGGAAAAGUUAAAAAUAACGUGUGAUGCAGUAAAGAAUGGGGCAAGAAAAGAAACAAAGAAAAUAGGAGGACAGGUAAAGUGAAACGUGUGGGCUGCAGCUAAAUAUGCAGUGUUGUUCCCGCUUGCGCAGGCGGCUGACGCGCAGCUCUGCGUUGUGUAGGCACCCCCAGCAGCUCAGAGCUGGCCUGCAAGGGCUCCAGGGACAGUACCAGGACAGAAAGAAGAGCGGUAGCAAGUCCUUAUUUUUCAGCUACACAAAACGGAUUGGCGCUGUGAGAGGGAGAUGAAUUUAGCAAAAUGGUGCCUGUGGAUUAGCAUUCAGAGAGAGAGGGGGAGAGGCCUCCUCUAUUUUCCUUGCUAUUGUCACAGAAAUGGGUGCUUGAGAGGAUUUAAAUCAAACUUGCAGGGGAAUGUUGGCCCUUGAAGGCGAAGCACAGGUGAGGUAACUGGGAUAAAAUGGAGCCAGCUCUGUCAGAAGGGGCCCCCACCUCACACACUCAGAGAAGGAAGCUGAUGGCUGGAAAUAAGACCAGGGUGAGAAGAGGUCUGGAAAACCUGGCCUGUGAAGAAUGGGGUUGUUUAGUCUAUGAAAGAAAAGUCUAAGAGCAUGAGUAAUCCUUAGACAUCUAAAUAAUUAAUAUAGAGAGAGGUAGCAAUGGCCUGUGUUUUGAGUCCAUUCACAGAAGAACACAAAUAAAUGCAUGAGAAACAUGGAUGAUUAAGAUUUUGAAAUCAGUGCAAGCCUUUUAAGAAUAAGCCCAGAUGGGUGACAGAGACAUUUCCAGAUGAGAGGCAGAGUGUUCCUCAGUGGUAAUUUAAGAGAACAAGCUAAAGAGAAGCUAAAAUAGACCAGUUCUGUUGGAAGGGACCUACAGAGACCAUCUGGCCCAGCUGCCUGACCGCUUCAGGGCUAACCAAAGCUAAAGCAGAUGAGGGCCUUGUCCAAAUGCCUCUGGCACUGGGGCACCAACCACCUCUCUAGGAAGCCUGCUCCAGCAGUUUGGCCACCCUCUGGGUAAGGAAAUCCCACUGCCCUGUCCCAGGUGCGGCACCCGGUGUUUGGCUUUGUGGAGCUUCGUGCUGCUGGUGGUUGCGCAGAGCUCCAACAUCUCCAGGCCCCUCUGCAAGGCCUUUGGUGACGGUCCACGUUUUCCCCUGUUCAUACCUCAGAGAUAGGAAGUGGUCUCACUCACCUUCUCAACGUGUUCUUUGUGGUACCUCUGACAUUUAUUGUGCAUUGUAGCUCUAUUAUUUUUGAAGCCUGCUGCCUCUGGUUUUAACACAUAUGCAAGCCAAGAGUUACUCAAUUCAGCGGACUUAUUUAAUCAUCAGAAAUGUUAAAAUUAUUCAACCAAAGCAAGCAAAAAGCAAAAAUUGCCACUUGCACCAAAUAAUAGCAAUUUGUCAGCUUUAAUAGCUGCUGUAUAAUUUAUAAAGAUAAAAGGCUACAGUCAUUUCUUUUCAUUUUUAGGAGUUUUAAAUAGAUCCCAAAGUGCAAUCGCUGUGUGUGUGUACUGGAGCCUGUGUUCUGCCUCCCAGGAAGUAACAGAUGACCAGAGACACCAAAUCCCUUUACUUCACUGAUCUGUCUUACACCAUCUACAUGUUGAGAAAAUCAAAACAGAAUGGCUGGAUGGAAGAAAAGCAAACCAAGAUUUUUCUGGAUUUUAUUUUGCUCUAAUUUUUGGAAAAGGAGGUUUGCUGCUCCACUUGCAAAGCCUGAUUACCAGGAUAGAAAUAGAGAACCCAUUUUCUUGUUUUGGACUACCCAACACAAGACUUCUGUUUCCUGUCUUCUGGUCCCUGGCCACCCUUGGGGCGCUGUCACCCCCAUGCAGCGAGCAGACAGAACUCCUCAGGCGCUGUCCUGAGCACACAGAGUCACUGGUGUCCUUACAGCAGCACAGGAGAGCACCACAUCAGUUGUACUAUAAAGAGCACAGGAGCUGGAACACAAUCUCCUCCUCCUUCCCUGCACUGUUUCACCGGCAGCCUCGCUCACAGCUGGAGGAAGACAGCCUCGCCAGCAGCCUGAGCAGAAGCUGGGAGAAGGGAAGUCUUCUGCUCUUUGCUCUGCAGGAAAACCAUCUUUGUAUAAACUGCUCACAGUAACACCCUGUGUUCACAUUGCCUCCAGAAGAGUAUGACAUCUGACCACUUCUUCUUUCAAGUUUGCUUUAAUCAAGAAGUUGCUAAGAACAGAACACUGGGAAGGAUGAGGAGGUUACAAUGAUCACAUACUGAACUGGAGUCAACAAUAUACUCCCGGAGAAAACCAACACAGAGGAAACAUAUUGCAUUGGGAAGUCUCAGCAGGUGGUUAUUAACAUCCUGCAGCGAGUCAUCACUUGAGCCUGAAGUUUGUGUGGAUGAAAUAAGGAGUAUAUGAAACUGGAUGAAAUUAAGUUCUCCAUCUAUUCAUUUGGGACCCUGAUGAAUGAUACAUGUUGAGAAGUAGAAGAUGGUGAAUUCCACAGACAAUGCAACCGAACAGUGUAUUAUUGACCAUAAUAUCCACCAGAUAUUAUCCCCUGUGGUAUACAUAUUUGUAUUCAUAAUAGGCUUGCCAGCCAACUGCCUGUCACUGUACUACGGGUACUUACAGAUCAAGGCUAAAAAUGAAUUGGGUAUCUACCUUUGCAAUUUGACUGUAGCAGACCUCUUUUACAUAUUUUCUUUGCCUUUCUGGAUCCAGUACGUUUUACAGCAUGACAACUGGACCUAUGACGAACUGCUGUGCAAAAUCUGUGGCAUCCUCUUGUAUGAGAAUAUCUAUAUCAGCGUGGGCUUCCUCUGCUGCAUCUCCAUCGACCGCUACCUAGCAGUAGUGCACCCUUUCCGGUUUCAUCAGUUUCGGACAAUGAAGGCAGCUAUGAUUGUGAGCGCUGUUAUCUGGACCAAAGAAAUAAUGACCUGCUGCUUUGUCUUUACACGCGGGGAGAUCAGUAUGGAUGCCGAGAGCCAUGUGGUAUGCUUUGAGCAUUACCCCAUCAAAGACUGGGAGCACAACAUCAAUUACUAUCGCUUCUCUGCUGGCUUCCUUUUCCCCUUCUUUCUGCUGGCCUUCUCUUACUGUGGGAUUUUAAGAGUUGUCCAUAAGAGUCAUGGCACUCAAAAGAAUAAGAAAAUCCAAAUUAAACGACUGGUUUCAAGCACUGUCUUCAUUUUUUUAGUGUGCUUUGGACCAUACCAUAUCCUACUUGUAAUUCGCAGCGUGUUUGAGAACAACUGCUCAUUUGCUGACAAAAUAUUUAACAUUUACCAUGCUUCUCUCCUGUUGACUACUUUUAACUGUGUUGCUGACCCAGUAUUGUACUGUUUUUCCAGUGAAAGCACUUACCAUAACUUUGCCAAGAUACGAGACUCUUGUUUAACAUGUUUAGGAUGUCUAAAGACCGAGAUGAAAGAAUCCUAUCAGCUGAGUGCUCCAGAAACUCCCAACAGGCCACAACAUGAGCAACAGCCAGGGUUAUUACAAAAAUCAUGUGAUACUACUGAAACAAUGGAAGACUCUUCAAUUAACAUGGGCUAUUUAUAGCGUUCAUCAAAAAGGACACAUAAAAUGUCCAUGUAUGACUGUACGUACCCAUCUGAUUUAUCUAUGUAUUAAACUGUUUUACCUCCCAAAGGCUUAUUAGCAAUGCAAUAUAGUGAGGUGCCCUUAGCUACAAUUGUCUGUUGUCAUUAUGGUACCACUCAAUACCAGUCACCUGGCAUUGACUGAAAUAAGCUAGUACUCAUGGUGUGGUUCUUUAACUGCUGUCUUUUUGCAGCACCAGGAGAAAAAAAGAAUCUCAACAGUCUGUUGAAAAGGUUGGAGAUAGAACAAGUUAAAUGUGCCCGUAAGUUCUUUUGAAAAGAAAAAAUUGAUGCAUUUUUGCAAUGCAUUAUGUACUUCUCUGAAAUAACUCCUUCUCCAGCUAGUUUAAAGGUGUGCAGAGACUUUGCAAGAGCCAACUUGCUAAAACAACUCAUCAAAUAAUAUGAGAUGUUCUGGGACAACAGGCACAAGAAAUUUAUCAUCUGCUGAGACCUUCAGUGUGUGGAUUGACUGUUGAAACUCGUCAUAAGGCUUCUGUUGACUUCCAGAGGUAUGAGAACUCUUGGCUCUGACUGGAAUAAAUAAUUCAAUUUGUAGACUUGGAAAAGAACAGGAGGUUUGUAGUAUGUGUCAUGCAUUUAACCCAUGCAUUUCUCUGAAUCAUUGUCUUCAAACAUUAAUUUAGUUGCAACAAAAUUCUACUGAACCUUGAUUUGGACUGUGUCCUUCUAAAUCUUGUCUCUCGUGUCACCAUGCAGGUAAAUAAUAGUGGAUUUGUCAGUGAAACUCCUAAAUGGAUUCUGCUCAAACUCUGUUUUCACUAAUAGGUAUUAUAGCUUAGGCUUUCGUCAUUGUUCAGUAAAUACAGUAUCAGAAAUAUGAUAUGAGAAUGAUCCAUAAUGUUUUCUAGUUUAGACAGAAACAAAGUACAGGAAUACCUGGAGAUAGUUAAAGAUGAGGUUGUUGUGCUCUAUAAUAGAAUUUAUACAACCAAGUCCUCUCUAGUUUUUUGUUGGUGGGGUGUUUUUUAUAUAUAUAUUCUUUCUACUAAUGAAUCCUGUUUCUUCUUUGUUAUCUCAUCAUAAUUUCUCGUAUCUGUAUCUGUUACACCGUGAAUAUUACCUCAUCCUUUCACUUAUUCUAUAAUUUCAAGCAUUUCUUGAAAACCUUUGUCUCUGCAAUCCAGAGUUGAUAACAUGCAGUAGUACUUUUUUUUUGUUUCUUUUUAAUGUCAAAAGAUUGUCUAGACGGACCUUCUAUACCUGAUAUCUCAAAUAUGUCACUGUACAUAGCCUCGCUUGUCUGUGAUUUUUAAAAGGCAGCAUGCUCUUAGAGUUUUUUGGAAACCACCCUGAGAGUGCAAUACUAGAAGUAAUUAGGCGAUGUGUUUAAUAAAUAAUGUUUUUAUUAUUUUCUUCUUAUAUUUGUUCAUUUUGUGUUCGGAAUAACUAUACUAUGGCUUUGGCUCACAAGAUUCUAUUUGUGAGACUACAGAUCCUCUCCUCUGCUUUUACAGAAAGGAUUCAUGUCCCCACUCUAAGGAGGGGAUUAGGUUUGCUUAGGUUAACAUUUGCUUUGUUUAAUUCUUUUGCAUUUCUUUAUACUUAGACCACUCACCAUGCUGGAUUAAUUACCUUAUUACAUGCAUUUUUCUUCUGACUAUCAGUGCUGUUUAGCUUUACUUUCUGUUAGUCUUUCCUCCAGCCUCUCCAGUCUGCCUGUAUCAGCUGGGUUGGAAGGCAGGGACUCCCGACUGCCAUAAUCCAUCCGUGUAUGUUGUUGAAAACACAGCCAACUGCUCAGGCUCCCAUGACCUGACAUGCUGCAAGACACACACAUGGUUUGUUCUAAGAUAAAACAUUUGUUGCCCUGUUUACGCUUUACUUCUUUAUAGUCACCCAUGUUGUUUAAAUUAGCUGGGAUGCAGAGCACGCCACAUUACAUGCAAAUACCGUCUGACAGAUUAAGACUUAGUUAUGUUGGUACUUUGUUGUGGUCAACUUUUGGUCAGCUGCUACAGUUUAAAUCAGAUGGAAACGGUCCAGCACCCUGCUGCAGUUAUCAUCAUCUAACCUGCCAACCAGGCAGGGAGGGAAAGGUCGCUCCUCCCUCCCACCCCAGCACGAAGUCAGUAUUUCAUCAACUAUUCCUAUAUUGUAAUGGUUGGGCGUAGGCUGCAGAACUGCGACCACCAUGGGAGGAAAGUAAACCUCAGAGCCUUUCUAUUUCAUCCCGAACAUAAUCAAGGGUUGCUAGAGAUGUUACAUAUUGGCAUUGGAUUAAAUACAGGGCUUGGGACUGCACAGGAGAAAGCAUUUUUAAAAUGCGCAUUAGAGAAAAAGACUAAUAAUUUAUUACAUUUUAUACUUAGCAAAAUCUGACUGUUAAAAUGUAUAUUUUGGAAAGAAAAGUACAAAAGUUUAUCAAAUCAAGUUCAUUUGAUGAAAAUCAGUGUUUGGAAAGAAUAAUGUACAUCUGUUAGCGUAACAGGUCACUAAGCAUGUAGCACACAGAGAAAGAAAUCACAUGACUCUAUCUGAACAGGUAUCUUUAAAUUACAUCAACUUCAUUUUGUGGGUUCUGUGCACCAACGAACGUAUGCGAUCCUAUGGGGUUACUGGCUUUGGCAAAAAAAAAAAAACACAAAACACUCAAGUACUCUUACUGAACAUCUUAAUGGUUUUAGAUAAUUUUGGAGACUUCUAAAGGAGCUAUUUUCUAAUUGUGAGACAGUUUCACCACAAUGUCCUUCGAAAAGGUUUUAAGCAAAAUUAAUCAAAAAAAAAAAAAAAGACUGAGCCAUAAAUUAUCCAUUGGAACCUUUGGCAAAUCUGACUGUCUGUCAGCAUUCCGGCGUUAAGAUUUUCUCUCAUACAUGUUCAACUGUUGUAGAUCUUUACAGGCUGUGUAUCCUCAAGGAAAUCAGAAGAUUAAUGUUCUAAGAAUGCUGGCGUUUGUGGUACAAAGUGAUUUUUCUUAUUCUCAAAGCGUUACAUGUUUGUCUUAGAUAAGAAGGGAAAAAAAAAAAAAAAAA